AUGGGCAAGAAACGGAAGCUGUCGCAACAGAAUGCGCCCAAUGCGCGCCCAAAGAAACUUACUCACCAGAACAAAUCCGACCAGAAGAAACCGUCCAAUGGCCCCGCGAAGAAGGGCAAAGGCAAGCAACAGCAUCAGAGUGAUGAUGAGCCAACGAUACCCUUUGAGCCUCACCACCGCAUACUGCUUGUGGGCGAAGGCGAUUUGAGUUUCGCAACGUCUAUCAUCAAGCAUCAUGGAUGUGCAAAUGUUACUGCUACGGUUCUGGAGAAGGAUGCAAAGGAAUUACUGUCCAAGUACCCCCACGUCGAGGACAACAUCGCCGUGAUUCGCGGUGAUGCUCCCAAGACCAACGAGGCCAACAGAGAAGACAAAGACACACCUGCUAAAGAAUCGGAAGCAGGCGAAACUAGCCAAGGUAACCAGAACGAGGGCGAGGACACCAAUGGCGAAAGCGACAACGAGGAAGACGACUACUACGACUCAGACGAUCCCGACGCACCACCAAAACCUGAGCGAAAACUCACUCCAAACAACAAGCUCCUCUACAACAUCGACGCUACUAAGCUUCCUAAUUCACUCAUACGCGCUCGCUUCGACCGCAUCAUAUUCAAUUUCCCUCACGUCGGCGGAAAGUCCACUGACGUGAAUCGCCAAGUUCGCCAUAACCAAUCCCUCCUAGUUUCCUUCUUCGAGCGCGCCAUUCCGGCGCUUGCGCCCGACGCUGCCAUUGUCAUCACACUAUUCGAGGGUGAGCCAUACACCCUCUGGAAUGUCCGAGAUCUCGCUCGCCAUGCUGGCCUGCAAGUUGAGCGCAGUUUUCGCUUCCAGGCUCGCGCAUACCCCGGAUAUAAACAUGCACGAACCCUGGGCGUCGUGAGGAACUCGAAGGGCGAAGUGAGCGAGAGUGGAUGGAGGGGUGAGGAGAGGGCAUCGAGGAGUUUUGUGUUCAAAAGGAAAGAAGAUAUCGCUCCGGUGGUUGGAAAGAAGAGGCGCAAGGGUGAUGAUUCAUCUGACGAUGAGGACUGA